AUGGCAACACCGAUUCAGCCUCCUACGGCUACGGAGGAGGUCUCAGCGCCUCCACCAAUGGCGUCGCCUCCAACUAAACCUUCGUCUCCCGGUGAUAAUGACAUUUCUCCAACGAGAGAGCCCACUAAUGGCAAUUCACCGGAGAUCCCAAACCCUCCAGCUCAAUCUCCUCCUCCUCCGGCGACUCCUUUACCAUCCCCACCACCACAACCUUCUACCUCACCACCUCCGCCAAGUGGAGCUCCUCCUCCUACUCAACCACCACCUGAGAGCUCUCCUCCUCAACUUCCCGCCAUUUCACCACCCCCACUAUCAGCUCCGCCACCGGAAAUCUCUCCUCCACCACCUGCAUUAGACCCUCCUGUAAAUCCACCUCCAUCACCCACGUUAGACCCACCGUUACAUUCACCUCCACCUCCGCCAUCACUUCCUCCGCCUUCCCCACCAGCCUCAGAACCUCCUACUCAGUCACCUCCUCCUCCACGAGAUCCAGAACGUCCUCCUCCUCCACCAAAUUCUAAACGUCCUCCUCCUCCUCCACCAGAUUCAAGACCUCCUGCUGAUUCACCUCCUCCACGAGUUCCAGAACCUCCUGCUAAUUCACCUCCUUCUCCUUCUCCUCCUCCUCCACGAGAUCCAAAACGUCCCGUGAAUUCUUCACCUCCACCACCAGAGGAAAUUCACUCACCUCCCAAGCCAAGUCCAACAGCUCCUUCACCUUCGAAUUCUUCUUCAUCACCGCCGACAUUGCCUUCAUCACCGCCUUCUCCUCCUCAAAAAUCUGGAGCAGGGCCAGAUAACCCAUCUCCAAACAGCCCUACUCCUCCUACCGUGAUAAAUAUUUCCAGCCCUUCUUCAAGUAUUGGUUCAGCGGCUGUCGUCGGUGUAAGUAUCGGUGUGGUCCUUGUGCUGCUUAGUCUUCUUGGACUUGUUUUCUUGUGCUUGAAGAGACGGAAAAAGAAGCUUUCUGCCACUGGAGGUGGCUAUGUUAUGCCUUCUCCUUUGGAUUCCUCCCCAAGAUCAGAUUCAGCGUUAUUGAAGACAAACUCUUCCGCGCCUCUAGUGGGAAAUCGUUCGAGCAACCGAACGUUUUUCUCACAGUCAGAACCUGGUGGCUUUGGUCAGUCGAAGGAACUGUUCUCGUACGAAGACCUUGUCAUAGCAACAAAUGGGUUCUCGGAUGAGAAUCUAUUGGGUGAAGGCGGGUUUGGUCGUGUAUAUAAAGGGGCUUUGCAAGAUGGAAGAGUGGUGGCUGUGAAGCAGUUGAAAUUAGGUGGAGGACAAGGUGACCGAGAGUUCAAAGCUGAGGUUGAGACCAUUAGCAGAGUGCAUCACCGGAAUUUGCUUUCUUUGGUUGGAUACUGCAUCUCAGAGAACAGGAGGUUGCUCAUUUAUGAUUAUGUCUCUAACAACAACCUCUACUUCCACCUUCAUGCUGCAGGAACUCCUGGUCUGGACUGGGCAACACGCGUUAAAAUCUCUGCUGGUGCGGCUCGUGGAUUAGCUUAUCUCCAUGAAGAUUGUCAUCCUCGUAUCAUACACAGGGACAUCAAAUCAGCCAACAUUCUUUUAGAUGAUAACUUCCACGCUCUGGUUUCUGACUUUGGUCUUGCAAAGCUAGCUCUCGACUGUAACACACACAUUACAACUCGGGUUAUGGGAACAUUCGGCUACAUGGCUCCUGAAUAUGCAUCAAGUGGCAAACUAACCGAGAAAUCAGAUGUCUUCUCCUUCGGGGUUGUUCUACUUGAGUUGAUCACUGGACGUAAGCCCGUUGAUACAUCACAGCCUUUGGGAGAUGAGAGCCUUGUUGAAUGGGCCCGUCCUUUGCUUAGUCAUGCCAUGGAAACGGAAGAGUUUACAGCUUUAGCAGAUCCCAAGCUUGGAGGAAACUAUGUUGGCGCUCAAAUGUUUAGAAUGAUUGAAGCAGCGGCUGCUUGUAUUCGCCAUUCAGCUGCAAAGAGACCUCGAAUGAGUCAGAUUGUGAGAGCUUUUGACAGUCUAGCUGAGGAAGACCUCACCAACGGGAUGAGACUAGGCGAAAGCGAGAUCAUCAACUCAGCAGAGCAGUCUGCAGAAAUCAGAUUGUUUAGAAGAAUGGCUUUUGGCAGCCAAAACUACAGUACAGAUUUUUUCACUCAUAAUGUUUACAAUAGCAGAGACGAAAACGUGUAA